CUGCAGUCUGAUGUUUCUGUUUGAAAUGAACUCGUGGGCGGGUCCCACCAGUCCCACCCCAUUCACUACAUACACACACUCUCUCUCUCUGCAGGUUUCACUCUGUCUCUGUUACCUCCAGGACAAGGUUUUGUCUAUUCCUGUAGCAAUCUCCCUCCCUCCCCAGGAAUCUGUUCUGGCAAUCCUCCCUCCUUCCAGUCUCGGACCACAUCUUGGAAGCCCAUGACUAGGAUGUAAUUUCAGAAUGUUCUUUGCUUCGAUUCUCUCCACGGUCCUGUAUUGCUGUUCCGCGGCAGUCGAGAUUGCAGAGACCCAUCCAGCAAAAGACAAUCACCUGUCAGCUGUUAGCUGGUGUUUGGGCGUUUUUACCAAGUUGGGUUAUUACACUGGGUCAGUAACGUACACUGUGACCGGGGAGGAGUGCCUGAAAUGGACAGAAUUCCCAGACUAUGUCCAGCAGUAUCCCAACAAGGGUCUUGGUGACCACAACUUUUGCCGCAGCCCGGAUGGUGAACCAGUUCCGUGGUGUUUUUACAGGAAGAAAACGGGGUCCAUUAGUUGGUCAGAAUGUGACUGCAAUCACGGUGCCAUCCGACUGAGUGGAGGAGCUGGUCAACAUGAGGGAAGGGUGGAGUUACUGUACAAUGGACAAUGGGGCACUGUCUGUGAUAAAACCUGGGAUGAUCGAGAUGCCAGUGUGGUCUGUCGUCAGCUAAGCUUGAGUGAAAUAGGUGUGACCAAGAAGAACUCAUUGUUCGGCCCUGGAUCAGGUCCCAUUCAUAUGGACGGGGUUCACUGUCGAGGUGACGAAGCGGCCUUGUUACAAUGUCGAAACAGCACAUUAGCGCCUGGAACUUGCAGACACGACAAUGAUGCAGGGGUUGUGUGUGGACUUCCAGAAGGUUCAGUAACGCCCAUCCGUCUGGUUGGAGGGAAAGAGGACAAUGAGGGCCGUCUGGAGGUCUUCCAUGGUGGGGAGUGGGGCACUGUGUGUGAUGACCACUGGGAUGAUUUGGACGCAGAAGUUGUCUGUAGACAGUUAGGUUUAAGUGGCACUGCCAAGUCCUGGAUGUUGUCCCACUUUGGUCAUGGCUCUGGUGUAAUCCUAUUGGAUGAUGUUGAGUGCACUGGCAAUGAGCUGCAUUUGGACGAAUGUAAGAAAAGCAACUGGAGACAGCACAACUGUGAGCAUGCAGAAGACGCUGGUGUCUCCUGCAACCCAUACGCAGAUGGUGCCAUCCGACUGGUUGGAGGCCGGGACACCAGCGAGGGGAGGUUGGAAAUCUAUCGCAAUGAAGCCUGGGGUACAGUGUGUGAUGACAGAUGGACUGACAUGAACGCUCGGGUGGUUUGCAGGCAGCUUGGAUUCAGUGGCCCAGGGAUUGUGGCACCAGAGGCCAGGUUUGGUCAAGGGACUGGCUUCAUACUCCUGGAUGAGGUGGUUUGUACAGGGACUGAACUGAACCUCCUGGAUUGUGCUCGGAGCAACUGGGGUCAACAUGACUGCUCACACCACGAAGAUGUGGGCGUGAUGUGUGCACAGCAAGAGACCAACAAAAUAAGCGAGUCCAGUAUAGGGCCAGCUAUCCGCCUUGUGGAUGGAGAGAACAGCAAAGAGGGGCGUGUGGAGGUGUACCUGGACGGAGAGUGGGGAAGCGUCUGUGAUGAUGGUUGGACAGACAGGGAUGCGAGAGUUGUCUGCAGGCAGCUGGGUUACAGCGGCCAAUCCAAAGCCAGAACAAUGGCCUAUUUCGGGGAGGGCCACGGACCUAUCCAUUUGGACAAUGUAAGGUGCACCGGCCAUGAGAACUCCCUGAAUGAGUGUGGCACACCUGGUUUUGGAAUCCAUAACUGCUGGCACGGGGAAGAUGCAGGAGUUAUCUGUGAUUAUAAGGAGGAUGCACUCGAGGAACUGAGCAGCGGCGUCUGUGGACUCCGUUUGAUGAACCAUCGCAGAAAGCGAAUUAUUGGUGGAAAUAAAUCCAUCAGAGGUGGCUGGCCAUGGCAAGUUUCACUGAGGCUCAAGACGUUUCACCGAGAGAGUCGUUUACUGUGCGGAGCGACAUUAAUCAGUAACUGCUGGGUGCUGACGGCAGCUCACUGCUUCAAGAGGUUUGGUAAUGAGACGAGACAUUACUACAUCCGUGUCGGAGAUUACCACACAGCUGUGGAGGAUGAGUUUGAGCGAGAAAUCCCCAUUGAAAGGAUUGUCACGCACAAGAACUACAAGCCAGACAGCAGUGACAAUGACAUAGCGCUGGUCAGAAUGAAGGGGAAGGAAGGCCAUUGUUUGACAUUCAAUCAGUAUGCAACCCCAGUCUGUCUGCCAGCCAGGAAGGAAAGGAUCAGAAUUAACAAGCAAUCCUGCUAUAUUACUGGCUGGGGAGAUACAGGAAGAUCCUACUCACGGACUUUACUGCAAGGUGCGGUCCCCCUGCUGCCAAAGAGGAUUUGCAAAAGCCGUUACAGGGACAAGUUUACCCCCCGUAUGAUUUGUGCGGGCAAUCUGUCCGAGCACAAGAGGGUUGAUAGUUGCCAGGGCGACAGCGGUGGCCCUCUGAUGUGCCAACGCAUGGGUGGACGUUGGGUCAUCUUGGGCAUCACCUCGUGGGGUUACGGAUGUGGACGGAAGGACUCCCCUGGCGUUUACACAAAAGUGGCCAAAUUCGUCUCUUGGAUCAAGAAAAUGACGGAAACCAAAGCGAAAGGACACAGAAAGCCAGUGAGCUAGCGAGCUCAGAAGGAAUAAACGUGUGCGGGAAAGGGGUGAGGGUGGGGAGGGGUAUGGUGGGCUGAAAAACAAUAAGCUGCCAAAUUCAUUUCUUACACAAAUGAACCAAAGAUCUCUCAGAGUGAUAACUGUGUUAUAACCCCUCUCUGUGUGUCAGGAGUUUGACAGCUGUCAACAAACACAGUGUUCGAACCAACUCUGACCACCAACCUACGACAGGAUUAGGCUGAGGGUAUCACUUUCAGUGUCGUCAUUUAUUGCCCAUCCCUAAUGGUGCAGAGGGCAGUUAAGAGUCAGCAAUGUCGUUGUGGGUCUGGAGUCACAUGUAGGCCAGACCAGGUAAGGACGGCAGUUUCCUUCUCAAAAGGACAUUAUUGUACCAGAUGGGUUUAUUCCUGAAAAUGAGCAAUGGUCCUGUGGUCAUCAUUAGACUCUUAACCCCAGAUUUGAUUUUAAUUAAGUUCAAAUUCCAUCAUCUGCUGAUUCGAACCCUGGUCCCAGAACAUUACCUGGGUCGCUGGAUUAAUUUUAAUGCUGUGUGAAACAUUCCUGUUUUUUUUAAAUCAAACAGUGAAGGGGGCCUCCUGGUUAUAUAUUUUUUAUAUAUAUUAUUUUUUUUAAAUUAACCCCAGGUCGCUGGAUUAAUAGUCCAGUGAUAAUAUCGCUUUGCCGAAUUGCAACUUGCAUUUUGCAAUUCCAUUGACGGUUAUUUAAAUACAGAAUGGCAUCUUCUUUCUCAUUAUUUUAUUUCAUGAUUUAAUUGACGGGGAAAGAUUGCCUCAACUUUCUUUUCUAGUGAAGAUCAUUUCCUAAAGUUGAUAUCGGUAACUGUGACCCAGAUAGUUCCUCCUUGUUUGGUGAACUAGAAACACGGGCUUGGAUGAGGAACUGUUCAAGUUGAGCUCACUGGGCUUGAGUGGACAUUUCAUUUUCCUGUGGAGUUUGAGGAGGGGAAGGUGUGGUGAAAAAGGGAGGUGGAGGUGCGGUAGUGUGGGCCAUCCUGCUUUGCAGCACUUGUCUUCUGCACAAAUAAUUCUUUUCCAACACACACAGCGUUGUGGAUGAGGUACACAUUCACGUAUACCAUCCAUGGCUAGUUUUUUUCUCCUGAUAAUAAGUUAGUAACUUGUAACGGAGUCUUAAACCUAAGGGACACUACUUCACAUCAGACAUGGCAGAUCAGUGUGAGUCUCCCACUCUAAGUGCCUUCCGCAAGUACAUUGGAAGGCUUCCUCCAGCUGACUAUCAAACUAUUGCUCCAGGACUUUAACCUGGAAGGUCAGGCACAGAGGCAAGAGCACUAUCCCCUGCAUCACAAGGAGAAUCAUAGAAACCUUAUAGUGUAGAAGCAGGCCAUUCAGCCCAUCACAUCCACACCAAGCCUCUGAAAAGCAGCCCACCUAGACUCACUCCCCUACCUUAUCCCUGUACUCCUACGUUCCACAUGGCUAGCUCACCUAACCUGCACAUCCCUGGACACUAUGGGCAAUUUAGCACUGCCAAUCCACCCUAACCUGCAUAUUUUUGGAUUGUGGGAGGAGAUCAGAGUACCCAGAGGAAAUCCAUGCAGACACGGGGAGCAUCUGCAAACUCCACACAGUCACCAGAGGCUGGAAUCGAACCAGGUCCCUGGUGCUGUGAGGCAACAGUGCUAACCACUGAGCCACCGCGCCACCCCAGAGUAGUGAGGGGAGUGACAAGUGAAUCAUGACUUUACCCUAGCCUGGGCAUGUGUCUACAGAAGCACUGGGUGCCAACAUUCUACCCAAUGGGAUAGCAGGGGAUAGAGCGAUGGUAUAAGUGGCCUGGAAUAUAUGAAUGGAGGUGUGAGCAGUGAAUAUUCACCGUCUGCAACAUUCAGUGAGAUUACAGCUAAUCUGUCAGCUAAAUCCAUAGACCAGCCCUUUCCCUGUACCCGUCAAUGUCUUUGAUUAACAAAGAUUUACCUGCUUCCAGAUUAACAACUGGCCCAGCUUCAAUUAUUGUUUUUGGAAGAGAGCUCUGAAUUUCCCCCAUCCUUCGAAUGUUUCCCAGCGUCACUUCUGAGAGGUCUCGCUUUGAUUGUUAGACACUCCCCUCCAGUCCUGGACUCACAGCCAAUAGAAACUAUUUAACUUUCUCUAUCCUAUCUGUUCUGUUUAACAUUUUCAAAGUAAAAUUUCCCUGAACCAUAGAAAUUGCAGAGAAUGCCAUGUUAGUUUGUCAUGAUUUGGAGAUGCUGGUGUUGGACUGAGGUGUACAAAAGUAAAAAAUCUCACAACACCAGGUUAUAGUCCAACAGGUUUAAUUGGUUUUGCUUCCAAUUUGAAAUUUGCUUCCAAUUAACCCUGUUGGACCAUAACCUGGUGGUGUGUGAUUUUUAACUAUGAUAGUUUAUGUAAUCUCUCCUUGUAACAUAGCUCUUGGAGACUAUUUUGAUGAAUCUAUGUUGUUCCAUCUCCCCAAAACAUCCUUUUAAUGGUAUGGUGCCCAGAACAGCUCACGAUGACUCUCUGUGCUGUAACUAGUGCUUUGGAUAGUUGAUGCACGUCUUCUACCUCAUUGCAUCCUAGUCCUCUCAAUACAAAGACUAGUAUUCCCAUAGUCUUUCUGGUUAUUGAUUAUUUCUGAUUAUUUGGAUUUUGUAAAGGUCUGCAUGGCGGGUUAAAUGGUGGCUCAGUGGUUAGCACUGCUGCCUCACAGCACCAGGGACCUGGUCUGAUUCCAGCCCUGGGCGACUGGGCCAGGUGGGACUAGAUUGGGUUGGGAUAUCUGGUCAGCAUGGACGGGUUGGACCGAAGGGUCUGUUUUCAUGCUGUACAUCUCUAUGACUCUAUGACUGUGUGGAGUUUGCACAUUCUCCCUGUGUCUGCGUGGGUUUACUUCAGGUGCUCUCGUUUCCUCCGACAGUCCAAAGAUGUGCAGGUUAGGUGGAUGGGCUAUGGGAAAUUGCCCCAUAGUGUUCAGCAAUAUGUAAGUGGAUUAGUCGUGGGAAAUGCAGGGUUACAGGGAUGGAGUGGGUCUGGUGAAAUACUGUUCAGAGGGUCAGUGUGGACUGAAUCGGCCAAAUGGUCUACUUCUACACUCUAGAGAUUCAACGCUGUUAUUCCCCUGGUCAGUCCCUUCACUGUUCCCCUUGGUCCUCCACUUGCCUGGCUGCUUUGCUUUCCACUGCACUCACCACCUCCCUUGCCACACUGUUCAUGGCUUCCUUCACUGUCUUACUCACUGAAGCCUUCACGGUCCCCAGUCUCAAACCCCACCUUCCACCAACCAACACCCUAUGCACUAGACCUGAACACUUCAAUAAACAAUACUUGGCAUAAAUAAAUUCAUUAAUUUCAGUGUUUGCAUGGCCAUUAGAUGGUGCAGGAUUUUAGUAUUGCUGACAGAAAUAAAUCGCAUUUUUUACAUUGUGCGCUCAGAGGAGAAUUCGCAAGUACCGAUGUAAAGGGCAACAUCAUUUUGUAAUUUUACUUUCAAAAUGUUAAACAGAGCAGAUAGGAUAGAUAAAGGUAAAUUGUUUCUAUUGGUUGUGAGUCCAGGACUGGAGGGGAGUGUCUAGUAAUCAAAGUGAGACCUCUCGGAAGUGACACUGGGAAACAUUCGAAGGAUGGGGGAAAUUCAGAGCUCUCUUCCACAAACAAUAAAAAAGGAGUUCUGACUGGUUGGCAGAUAGAUUCUCAUUGAUAGAGACUCUGCUGGGGGGAUUGCACCAGUUUGCUGAUGACUGACAGUUAACUGCCAACGUUUGUUUAAAUUUAAACUGGAUAGGUUGACUCUGAUUGGUCAAGGCACUGCCCUGAGAAAUGAACCAGCGAAUAGCUGCUAUGUAUUUUGUUUAGGUGCAGUGCAUGGCAUAGAACAGGGUCCCUGUGGAUUCGUUCAUGUAGCUCCCAGUACACACAGGCAUGCCACUCCUGUGAACCUGCCUGAGAAUCCUCCAUUGGUAGUCAGUCCAGCAGCUGCCGCAUUGACAGUGAUGGCACUGUGUACAUGCUGUGGUGCACCUUGUGGCACUGUGAUGUCCGAUAUCCGGCUAAACCAACUGCCCUGGGCAGGCUCCGCCCCGAGGAGGUUAAAACAGGAAUUUUCAACCUAAAAUUAUCGAUAACUAAUUAACUUCGUUUCUAGCUGGUUGGCGGGUCACCACUUAUCGAGCCACUCCUGGAAAGGGUGUGAGAUGUUUUUACAAAAUGGGAUUGGUUGUGAGAGAGACACAGCACACCAUGAGUUGGAUGUCACAGUUCACGGGGCAUUCGGAUGAACAGAUCUCAGUCACUUCUGUAUGGACUGAGCCUCCUAAAUCUCAUGGCAUGUGGCACAAUCCUCUGCACACCCUUGUAGAUUUACGGUGCCACCUAUGGCCAUGUUUUCGCCAAUGUAUUAAUAUUUAAAUCAAAGAAAAAUGUGCAAACUCUAUUGGUUUUGUGAGCACUGUACUGUGUAACAGUUCUGCUUUUGAAUUUUAAGGGGCUCUUUGCUAAUCCUGUGAAUUGUUGCAGUAAGCAAGCUGUCUUUGCCUGCAGUCAUCAACAAUAAAUAUCCCUGUCUCCACCUAUAAACGGUACAAAGAAUGCUAGAGACCACGUUUCCUUCAUUUAUUGAUGGAAGUGUUGUAAUGAGCUUUUGAAAUGCUGCAUCUCCCAACCAGCAGCGGGAGUGAAUAUGAAGUGCUCAUUUAAUAUUGAUAGGUUCCGUUGUGUUCAUCUGCAUACUGAAGAGAGUCCCUGGAUGGAGUGCAGUUCUGCAGAAACACCAACAGGUGACGAUCUAACACAUUUUUAUGAAUUUUCACCACCUCAGGAUCAAUGACUUUGAGGGGAGAGUGACUACAUUGAGGGUAAUAACCAUUUUGCUACUGACCUCAAACUAAUGUUUCACAUUGCUCAACAGCAAAAAAUCUGUCACAUAACUCACAACACGAGUGGGGGCAAUUUACAACAAUUACUGUCACUGCAUUCAGAUUGUGAACAUCGAAAAGAACGAGUUGCCCUUUCAGUCGCACUUUUCUCAACCUCAGGACCUUCCACUUUGAACAGCAUCCAAUUCCAUACUUCCCUAUGAUUCUAUAUGGUUGCUAUUAGUGCGAUCAUGCUUUGUAUAGGUGUCCUGCUGCACUACAGAAGUAUGGAAUUGGCUUGUUGGGGUUAGGGGUU